CUCCUCGCACUUGUUCAUACCUAGGCGUCCCGCCUUGACCCGCCAUGAGCGACGAGUCCGUCCUGGUGGAUGUGCGGAACCUCUCGGGACGACAAGUGGGCAUCGCCCGCUUGCCCUGGGAAGCGCCGGUGAAGGCCUUGCGAGAGCAGAUCAAGCGCUGGCGCCGGGGAUUGGUCGAAGGGGCCUUUGAAGAUCCCGAGAUGUCGCUCCUGGCGGGGAUCUGCGUCUUGGACGAUCGGCAACCCUUGUACAACUACUGGACCUUCUCCGAACCACUCUUGGUCACCUUGGUGACUGGCGAAAGUGCGGAGAUUAUGGUUCAGUAUGGUCAGGAGAACAUCGCUAUGUCUGUGUCCUCAUGGACGACCGCCGGUCUCGUGAAGGACCAAGUGUGCGAAGAUUUUGGCUUAGACACUGCCUCAGCAGUGCUGAGCCUGGUCCUGCCAUUGGAAGUGCGACCAUUGGUGGAUACCGAACUCUUGUUGUCCUCUGGCUACGUCCCAGGUAGCUUCUUCCGCCUCACAGCACGCUCAAGUGAAUGAUCUCAUGCGCAUGAUGCAACAGGCUUGUUCUUUUCCCGUCACUCCAAGCUGCUGGGAGGAGCUCCUGCAACUUAGGGAGAAGGCUUUUCGCUUGACCCCACCGUGUGGCAGCUUUUCUGAUUUUGGGGUGCAGUUUCAACAAUUAUUUCACCCAGUGUUCCUUUUAAUGCCGUGGCCCUGUCCACAGCAAGGACAACCUAAUAGGAUGGUUUCAAAGUCCGAUAGAAGCUGCGGAGCUGCUGGCGCCAAGAUCGUUUUCUCAG